ACUUUCGUAGAGGAUUUCCAAACUCGCCGGAGGAACUCAUUUUGAUUAAUGGAAUAUAUAAACUAUGUUAUUGUGUUUCUCUGUUUUGACAGAUCCAAAGUAUGAGCCUAGGCAGUCACACCAAACAGACUUUUUCUGGCUAUAGUCGCCACGUUCAGAGCCUCAAUAUCGUCUGCUCAUGCGUGAAUUACCGGAAGUGGAACAAGUGCGUGGAAUUUGAUUGGAUGAGUGACUUUGAUGGCUGACUUGAUAUGUCAAUGACACUACAGAGGACUGUCUGCUAAAAUUUGUAGUCAAUUUUGAUAGUGGAGGUUUACCUCAGUUUUAUAUUUAGAAAUUUGGUCACAUUGUAAUGACAACCUGCAAAGAAACCAAUUCCCAACUUUUCAAUUGAGAAAUAUUGGACAAUAUGUAAGCGUGAAGAUUUUAAAAAAGAACUCAUCUGGUUACUAUAGAAAUGGAGUUAACACAUGGUCAACUCUAUCACGCAGCUGAUGAUGAUGAUGUGGAGAGAUUUCGAGAGUUAAUCCAGAUGGGAGCUGAUGUUGAUGAGUCAUACGAAGAUCGGAUGAAUAUCAGCACAAAAUCUAUUUUACAUGUCUGCUGUGGUAAAGGACGGGUGGAAAUGGUUAAUCUCUUACUGGAUGCCGGAGCCUACAUUGGCAUAAAUGACAAAUGGGGUCAGACCCCAUUAAUGUACUGUGUGACGACCCAAUUCUUAGAAGUUGCGAAAAGGUUGUUGGACAGAGAUCCAAGUAUUGUGGAUGACCAGGACAGUUUUGGUAAAUCUGCAUUGCAUAUGGCUGCUGACAAUGGACUGGUCGAUUGUGUUAAAAUGCUGUUAUGUCAUGGAGCCUUUGUAGACAUUCAAAACAUCGAGGGUUAUACUCCUCUAAUGAUUUGUUGUUAUUCUAAAUCGGACCCUGAUUCUCUGACCAGUAUAAUCAAGAUAUUGAUUGAAGCUGGUGCCAAUGUCAAUCUCAAAGAACGGAGAAGCAAGAGAACAGCUCUUCAGAUGGCUGCUGUUACUUUAUAUGUAAAAGCUGUAGAGAUGUUAUUAGAAGCAGGUGCUGAUCCUAACUUACUGGAUGGGGCUGGACGAUCUGCUAUCACAAGUGCCAUCUGUUCCAAAGUUCGACCGAUUUAUUAUCGUAACAUCAAUCCAGAUUUAAUGACAAUAAUAGUUAUGUUGAUUCAAGCUGGUUCAAACCUUGACCUUGGCUUGUGUGAAGUUAGCAAUCCACUAAUAACGGCUGUCUCCCGACAAGCUGAAUCUCUCGUUGCUCUUUUCUUGUCUCAUGGAGUAAAUGUUAAUAUUACAUUUGCUUCUAAAGCUACAGCCAUUUUGUUAGCUACCACCAAGGGUGACCUCCCUUGCAUCAAGCAGUUAUUAUACUAUAAUACAAGACUUGAUAUGAAAGGGAAUAUUUAUCGUAAGCGAGAACAAAUGGAAUAUUUUUUCGACUCAAUGGAAUUUGCCGUUGAUGAUGGAAAAUUUGAUUUGGUCCGGUUAUAUUACGACGUUGGCUAUAAUCUCAGUAAUCUGAAAUAUUUAUUUGGAAAGGGAAACAUUCCCAAAGCGUUGUUGGACAAUCCAGAAAUGCAUGAAUGGUUAAUUCAACGUUCCAGAAAUCCACGUAGCUUGUUGGAUAUUUCCAUCAAAAAUGUCAGAGAGUUUUUGGGACUGAUGCCUUGUGAAAAGGUUAAGAAAUUGCCGAUACCGACGAGAUUAAAAGACAUGUUACUGUUAAAACAUAUCUUAGACAUUUUUUGAAUAUUAUUGACACCAGAAUGCUUAUUACUAUGUUUAAAGCAGGGCUCUGGUUUUAGUUGCAUAUGCCGGUCUUGACUGAAUGGCAGUGAAAUUGACCAGGUGAAGAACUUACCUGUCAGACAAUUUACAAGGCUAUGAAAUUAGAAUUUCAAAGAAUUUAACCUUGAAACCUGAGAUAGAAUUGGAUUCUGAAGAAAUUCAGGGAGAAUUUUUUUUUUAAUGAAAAUAAUUGCAUUAUCUUAUACUUUGGAGUCUACACAUAUACCUUACAAUUUCAUUAAUCUGUAAUAGCUAAUACACAGCAAUGACAUUGACCUGCUCAAAAAGAUUGAAGGCUUGGCAAAAUUUUGAAGUGAAAGCCCCAACUUAGAGUGUCUUACCCGAUUUAAAGUGUCUUCCACCAAUUGUGAUCUAUUCAAAGUUACCUUGUAAAUUUUACAAAGAUUAAAGAAUAUUUACGAUAUUAUCCUUUUUCAUUUAUUAAUAUGAGAGUUACUCAUGGUAAUUGUCCCCUGCCUUUCGAAGAAGGGGAUCAGACGCUGACUCGCUAUCCUGGAGGUCUGGUGUUCAAUCCCUGUAUUAGCCGAGAAAGUUCAUCCAGAUGUUCCGGCGUGGUUCCCCCUUGUCAGUGAUGCAGGACGGAUGGCCUGACAAGGACAAUUGUCUAGUCCUUCGGAUGAGACAAAAAACCGAGGUCCCGUGUAUACAUUGGAAUGCACGUAAAAGAUCCUAUGGCAGGUGGAAUUCGAUAUAAGAGUAGAUGAUAGCGCCGCUGCCCGGGCAAAAUUUCCCUCAUAGCACACUGUAUGGCGUAUGCCCGUCUUCAUUAGCCCAGUAUAGGAGCAGAACAGUAGGACGUUAAACACCAUUUCAUUUCAUUUCUUUGCACUUUAGACCAUAAGGUCUGUGAUAAUCGUAUUAGAAUCCUGAACAUAAACAUGUGUAUAAAUUACAAGUCAAUAUGAUGAAUUAAUCAGAGCAUUCACAAUGGGGUUUAAUAUCCAACUUUUCUGCACUUACUGGGCUAAUGAAGACUGGCUUAUGCCAUACAGUGUGCGAUGACGGAAAUUUUGCCGAGAACUGGUUAACAAGAUAUACUUUACUGACCCACUGAUCAGGGGCCAUACUUUAAAUAAGAUGAAAUUUAUUUUUUUGUACCGACAGAGCUACUAACUCAGCGAGAAAUUAUCAAGGGCCAUAACUCUGCAAGUAAUUGUUGAAAAUCGAUAGACUUCAUCAUCCCAUGGACAUUUAAACAUUGCGUAUAAAUUUAAGUUAAUCAAAUGAUAACUUUUGCUUCUAGUGGACAAAAGCGACAGUCUGGGGGUUUCACCCACUGUUAAUAAUCCCUGUACUGAAGCAAAAUAUUGAAAUAAAAUAUCCCAUGUUAAUUAAUCCAACAUUGACCUAAUCUGUAUGACAAUAUAUAACCACUUCUCUGUUAUUUAAUAACGUUUUGUAACCUGAUCUGUAUGCGACAUCGUUAUUAAAUAACCAAUUAGUAGUUAUAUCCAUAUAUACCUUGUGUUGUGUUUUGUUAUGAAUAGUUAAACAUACAUCACACAAGAGCUAAAUCUGCCUAUUGCAGGUCAGGUCUGAAAUGCUAUCUAAAUUAUUAUAAUAUUAGACAUUAAUUAACUGAUCCAGGCCAUAAUCAACACCCGACGCCAUUGUUAGCCUGUGAUAUAUAGUGGAUUUGAAUACAUUUUGUGAUGGAUAAUUUAACUUAAAAAUGGAUAAUCGAGACUUUGUUUAUUAUAGAACUAACUUUAGUAAUUAUGAUUGAGGCUAGCUGAAAAUUGAAGAGUGAAGCAAUUUGACUGAAAUUUCAGCAUUUUCUGUUUCCAUUGUCUAUUUUUUAACUAUUAUAGCAAGAACUGUCAGCUCUUUAUCCAAUCUCUCAUGAUGCCACUUUAACCAGACUUCUAGAUGUUAUUUAAAGAACUGUAUGAUGUUGUCCUUUAACAUCAUUUCUCUUUAAAGAUAUCAACAAAUCUUUUUUCUUUUCAGAGAAAUAUUGGACAAUAUGUAAGCGUGAAGAUUUUAAAAAAGAACUCAUCUGGUUACUAUAGAAAUGGAGUUAACACAUGGUCAACUCUAUCACGCAGCUGAUGAUGAUGAUGUGGAGAGAUUUCGAGAGUUAAUCCAGAUGGGAGCUGAUGUUGAGGAGUCAUACGAAGAUCGGAUGAAUAUCAGCACAAAAUCUAUUUUACAUGUCUGCUGUGGUAAAGGACGGGUGGAAAUGGUUAAUCUCCUACUGGAUGCCGGAGCCUACAUUGGCAUAAAUGACAAAUGGGGUCAGACCCCUUUAAUGUACUGUGUGACGACCCAAUUCUUGGAAGUUGCGGAAAGUUUGUUGGACAGAGAUCCAAGUAUUGUGGAUGACCAGGACAGUUUUGGUAAAUCUGCAUUGCAUAUGGCUGCUGACAAUGGACUGGUCGAUUGUGUUAAAAUGCUGUUAUGUCAUGGAGCCUUUGUAGACAUUCAAAACAUCGAGGGUUAUACUCCUCUAAUGAUUUGCUGUUAUUCUAAAUCGGACCCUGAUUCUCUGAACAGUAUAAUCAAGAUAUUGAUUGAAGCUGGUGCCAAUGUCGAUCUCAAAGAACGGAGAAGCAAGAGAACAGCUCUUCAGAUGGCUGCUGUUACUUUAUAUGUAAAAGCUGUAGAGAUGUUAUUAGAAGCAGGUGCUGAUCCUAACUUACUGGAUGGGGCUGGACGAUCUGCUAUCACAAGUGCCAUCUGUUCCAAAGUUCGACCGAAUUAUUCACGUAACAUCAAUCCAGAUUUGAUGACAAUAAUAAUUAUGUUGAUCCAAGCCGGUUCAAAUCUUGACCUUGGAUUGUGUGAAGUUAGCAAUCCGCUAAUAACGGCUGUCUCCCGACAGGCUGAAUCUCUUGUGGCACUUUUCUUGUCUCAUGGAGUAAAUGUUAAUAUUACAUUUGCUUCUAAAGCUACAGCCAUUUUGUUAGCUACCACCAAGGGUGACCUCCCUUGCAUCAAGCAGUUAUUAUACUAUAAUACAAGACUUGAUAUGAAAGGGAAUAUUUAUCGUAAGCGAGAACAAAUGGAAUAUUUUUUCGACUCAAUGGAAUUUGCCGUUGAUGAUGGAAAAUUUGAUUUGGUCCGGUUAUAUUACGACGUUGGCUAUAAUCUCAGUAAUCUGAAAUAUUUAUUUGGAAAGGGAAAUAUUCCCAAAGCGUUGUUGGACAAUCCAGAAAUGCACGAAUGGUUAAUUCAGCGUUCCAGAAAUCCACGUAGCUUGUUGGAUAUUUCCAUCAAAAAUGUCAGAGAGUUCUUGGGACUUAUGCCUUGUGAAAAGGUUAAGAAAUUGCCGAUACCAACGAGAUUAAAAGACAUGUUACUGUUAAAACAUAUCUUAGACAUUUUUUGAGUAUUAUUGACACCAGAAUGCUUAUUACUGUGUUUAAAGCAGGGCUUUGGUUUUAGUUGCAUACGCCAGUCUUGACUGAAUGGCAGUGAAAUUGACCAGGUGAAGAACUUACCUGUCAGUCAAUUUACACGGCUAUGCAAUUCUAAUUUCAAAGAAUUUGACCUUGAAACCAGGGAUAGCAUUGGAUUCUGAAGAAAUUCAAGGGGCAAUUUUUUUUUUAAUGAAAAAAAUUUAUUAUCUUUAAAUUACAAGUUAUUUUAUACUUUGGAGUCUACACAUAUUCCUUACAAUUUCAUUAAUCUGUAAUAGCUAAAACACAACAAUGAAAUUGACCUGCUCAAAAAGAUUGACUGUCUAGCCAAAUUUUUGAAGUGAAAGCCCCAAAUUAGAGUGUCUUACCCGAUUUAAAGUGUCUUCCACCAAUUGUGAUCUAUUCAAAGUUACCUUGUAAAUUUUACAAAGAUUAAAGAAUAUUUACGAUAUUA